CGAGUUGCAGCUAUCAAACCGCAAACAUGGCCGAACUGCGACCGCUGGACACACAACUCGCUGCGCUCGCUCUCACCGAGUGCAACGAGCAGCAGUCGGAGCGGGAGGCAUUGAUAGCCACACUGCAGAUAUGGAUCGACAAAUCACCGCAUUUAAGAGCGCGCACAGAUGCGCACCUGCUGCUGGCCUUUCUGCGUCGCUGUCGCUUCAGUAUGGAGGAGACCAAGCGGCGCAUCGAUAACUACUAUUCGCUACGCAAUCCCUUUCCCGAGGUGCUCUGCAAACGACAAGUGGAUGAGGCCCUGAUGAGACAGUUUGAUCGCGGCAUUCAUGUGAUACCCAGCCGUCCAGCUGGUCCGCAAGGACCACGUGUUAUCAUCUCGCAAUUCUGUAAAAUCGAUCCCAAGCAAUCGAAUCCCCGCGAAGCCUUCAAACUUCUCUUCAUGCUGUUGGAGUUGCUAGCGCUGGAGUGCGAUAUUGCGUCCGUGAAUGGAUUAUUUUAUGUUGUCGAUGCACGUGACGUCAACAUGGAGCAAAUGCUGCAAUACGAUCCAUUUCUGCUGAAGAAAACCUUUAUGCUAGUCGAUCAGUGUUUGCCGCUGCGCUUUGCCGAGAUACACUUGGUGAAUAUGUUGCCAUCGGGACAGAAGAUUUUUAAUUUUGUCACCUCGUUCCUGCCCGCAAAUCUGCCCUUUAAGUUUAUUGUGCACAAAAAGUCGGAGGAUUUGUAUAAUCAUCUACCGAAGGAGGCGAUGAUCAUUGAGUAUGGCGGCACCAAUGGUUACCAGGCCGAGGCCUUGGAUUACUGGCGCCAAAAACUCAACGAGUACAAGAAUUACUUUGCUGAGGAUGCCCAAUACGGUACAAAUGAGAAGUUGCGCGUGGGUCUGGCCAAUGCCUGGGCCAGUGGAGAACUGAGCGGCACCAGCGGAUCCUUUCGCAAGCUGGAAGUGGACUGAAACGCUGCUCUCGCUGCUUGUUCUUAUGUCUUCUUUAUUAUUAGUAUUUAAUUAAGUAGUAGUUGGUAUGGCUAAACGAAAAAAUACUAAAUUAGUUCUAAUUUUUCACUGGUCAUCUUUGCUCUUUGCUUUUUUGUUUUGGUAUAGCGCGUAUCCUUUGACUGGCUCUUAAAAUAUAUUUUACAAUUAA